AUGACCUCCCAGUUGCUGAGCUCGAGCAGGAAGUUCAAAUUCCAGGAUUUGCGCCGACGAGUAUUUCGGUUCCAAUUCGACUCCUUCGCAACGACGAGCCUCGGACGCGUGAUUCGCGGUGCUUGCACUCCUGCAUCCUCCCUCGAUCCCAUCCAUUCUCUCCGCCCAGCCAUGUCCCAACCCCGCAACCCACCCCCUACGAACGACGGUCGACCCAACAAGAGGAGACGGCCGCAGAAGAAGACCACCUCCUCUGCACCCAAGCUCGCGUCGGCCUCGGGACCGGCCACGCCCUCGACUGCUGGUGGACCCGGAUUGUCACUACUGUCUCGUUUGUCCACGGUCGCAGCGUCGGGCACUUCGACCCCUGCUUUGUCGUCGCAAGCCCCGACCCCGACGGGAACCAUGACCCCGAUCGGCGGCGACUCGUCCAAGGCCUUCACGCAGCUCAAGUUCGAGGAUCUGUACCACCAGGGCAAGAUCUCGCAGCGCACCGCGCAGGGCAUCGCCGCGCUCAGCCCUCCUCACAUCUACUGCACCCCCGUGCAAGAGGCGACCUUGCCCGUCAUUCUCACCGGUGUUGACGUGUGGGUGUUCUUCCCUCGGUUCUUGGAUUUCCUUCCCCGGCAUCUUCUGCUUGGCUAUCACCAGUCCACCCCUCUCGGGGAUCGGAGCCGAAUUGUCCCGCCCCUGUCGCACGGACUGACCCCUUUCUCUCCCACCCCUCAUUCGCUGCCUUUAGUCUAGCCCAAGCCAAGACGGGCACGGGAAAAACGCUAGCGUUCCUCAUUCCUUCGAUCGAACUUCUGCUUCGCUCCAAUCCGCAACCCAAGGCCGACCGCAUUUCGAUCCUUAUCAUGUCCCCUACGCGAGAGCUCGCGAUCCAGAUCGAAGAGGCCGCUCGCAUCCUGCUGUCGUCGACCCCUUUCGCCGUCCAGCACGUCGUCGGUGGGACCAACAUGAAGAGCGAAACGUCGCGCCUCAACAACCAGCGGUGCGACAUCCUCGUCGCGACCCCGGGCCGCAUGCUCGACCACCUCGAAAACUCGAACCUUAAGCUCAAGCUUUCCGAGUGCCGCGCGCUGAUCCUCGACGAGGCCGACCGUCUGCUCGAGCAAGGGUUCCGUCGCGAGAUUGAGAAAAUUCUUCAGUUCCUCCCCCGUCGUGACGUGCAACCGAGGCAAACGCUCUUGUUCUCGGCGACGAUCCCCGCGCAGGUGCACCAGAUCGCCUCGCUGGCGCUGCUGCCUACCCAUCGUUUCGUCACGACCUUGACCGAGGAGGACCAGAACACCCACGAGCACGUUCCUCAGUUCUCCGUCAUUGCGGACCUGCACGACUCGUUCGCGGCGACGCUCGUCGCCAUUCGCGCCGAGAUCGCCACCCACGGACCAGCGACCAAAAUCGUGAGCCCCGACUCUGCUGCGCUUCACAACUUGUCUCGCAGUUACGGUGUGAGGUGGCGCGCGGAGCGCCAAGACUGACGACUCCGUUUGCAUACUUGUUUUUACGAAUUCUCAGAUGGCCUUCUUUCCCACUGCCCGUGCUACCGGCCUCGCUGCAGCUCUCUUUACCCGCUUGAACCUGGGCCUUCCUGUGCUCGAAAUUCAUUCGCGCAAAUCUCAAUCGCAGCGCAACGCCGCCGCCGAAGCGUACAAGGCCGCGCCGUCCGCGAUCCUGUUCUCCUCUGACGUGACCGCCCGAGGAAUGGACUUCCCCGGCGUGACGACCGUGUUCCAAAUAGGCUUACCUUCGGCUCCCGAACAAUACAUCCACCGUUUGGGACGAACGGCUCGUGCCGGUGCCUCCGGUUCGGGCGUCUUGAUUCUCUCCCCCUUCGAGACCUUUUUCUUGAACAAGCGCGAGAUCAAGGCCCUCCCCAUUCAAGAUCAUCCUCUCGCCUCGACCGAGUUGAAACCCGACAGUGCCGCGUUGCGUACGGCCAAGACCCAAGUUGCUGGUGCGAUGCGUACGAUCGACGACGAUCUCAAAUCGCAAUUCUACGGUGCGACGUUGGGUUUCUACAAGACGUACCUCAAAGAUUCGUUCCGAGGUUCGGCGGAAAAUAUGGUCGCGACGUUCAACGCGUUCGCGACGGCCCAGGAUGGCCUUGCAUUCGAUGGUGCUUCGGGUGCGGUGCCGGGUAUUCCGGCCAAGACGAUCGGCAAGAUGGGGUUGAAGGGAACGAAGGGGUUGAAUGUGCUUCCGGGGGAGGGCAAGGGCGGGCAAGGAGGCCGAAAUAGUGGGUUCAAUGGCGACGGAGGUGGUGGUGGCUCGGGUAUUGGCGCAGAGGGCGGUUUCUCUGGCGGUCGAGGAGGAGGAUCGGGAGGCCGAGGUGGCAGCCGAGGUGGAGGCGGCGGUGGAGGCCGAGGCCGUGGUGGAGGUCGUGGUGGCAUGAGGGGUGGAUACUGA